UGUACCUGUCGUCUGUUAACUGCUAACUACAGUUCACUUCAGGCUCAGGUCACAUACCCUCGCUCAACCUUUCACAGCGCGGCGCAUCACGACCCUUCAUUUGUUCCCCCCCUGCAGCCAUGAGGACCGCGGUGGUCGCUGUUGUCAUGGUGAUGUGCGUGAUGAUGAUGGUGCGGGCCGAUGUGAAGCCCCAGAGAGAUUUCAACUCGCAGAGGUUUGCAGGCAGAUGGUACCGUGUGGGUCUGGCCUACGAUUCUCCAGGUUUUGUCCCCUACAGAGACAAAGUGAGGGUCUCCAUGGGCUCCAUCUCACUGCUGCCAAACGGCAGCUUUACCCUCACCAUGUGGGACGCCACACCACUAAGCUGUGUGGCUAAGACGUACCAGUAUGAGAAGACCAGCGUCCCUGGACAGUUCACCUACUUCAGCACACGCCAUAACAUGGUGAAGGACAUCACCGUGGUGGACACAAACUACAGUGAAUACGCUUUGGUUCUCAAACACAAGGUUUUCAACAGAGAGUACACACAGGUGGCACUUUACGGUCGCUCUACAAGACUCAGGAUCGAUAUAUUAAACCGGUUUAGAGCCUUGGCCUUGUCUCAGGGUUUCUCCCGGGAAUCUAUCCUGACUCCGCCUCCAGCAGUAAACUGUCCACCCUCUGGAUCUGGACGUUAGACGUUCCUGAGAUGACAAUGAGUGGCUGUCUCUCUAUUUCAUCCAGUCCACUUCUUCUUCUUCUUCUACUACUACUACUACUACAUUAUUUUCUGAAGUAACUGCAAAGGAAUUUCGUUCUGAAGAUGAAUAUUUUGUUUAAAAACAUAAUAUAUAGCAAAUGCAGCAACAUUUACUGAUGUUC